AUGCCUAACAUAUCCGAACAACUUGAUCCAACAUUGAAAUACGCCAAAAAACGCCUGCUCGACUUGGUCAAAACUGACGAUAUCGACGGGGUUGAAGCCAUCCUAGAGGAAAAAGUUCAUCCAUAUUUCAAAGAUGAGCUCGAUGUAACACCUCUACAAAUCUCGUCCAUGAGAGGCAACGUCAAAAUGACCAAUAUACUCCUCAAAUAUGGAGGUGAUCAAAAUCCGAAAGAUAAAUCUGAUUCAACACCUCUCCCUGAUGCUGCCGGAGGAGGCAAUGUCGACAUAAAAGAACUACUUGAGGAUUACACAGAGAGGGAACUUUUAGCCCUUCUUAUGUUACCUGUGAUUGUUUCAAUACUCCAAUAG